AAAAAAAAAAAUCUCAGAUGAGGUUGACAAAAACAAGCCCUAGCUCCUCCCAAAUCUCAUCCGCCGAUUCUGUCACUCCGUUAUGAUCCGAGCAUCCUUCGCCACCACCAUUGGCCUUUUCCACUCGCACACUCAUGGAGGAGCUCAAGCUCGUCCUUUACAGAGCAAUACACGGGAAGUGAUCCAGUGCCCCGAAGCUUGGUUAGUCAAAAUCGUCUCUACUUUAUUCGUCUAUCAAGUUCCAGACUCCGAUCUCUGUUUUUGCUACCUGAGCAAGAAUCUCAAUCCGUUUAUCGCCUUCGAGGUUGUGAAGAAACUGGAUAAUCCCCACAUUGGGUUUCGGUUUUGGGAGUUUAGUAGAUUCAAGCUCAACAUUCGCCAUUCUUUCUGGACUUAUAACUUGCUUACGAGGUCGCUUUGUAAAGCCGGUUUACACGAUUUAGCUGGGAAGAUGUUUGAGUGUAUGAAGAGUGAUGGUGUUUCUCCGAAUAGUCGGUUAUUAGGAUUUUUGGUGUCUUCUUUCGCUGAAAAGGGUAAGCUUCAUUUCGCUACUGCGUUGCUUCUUCAAUCUUACGAGGUUGAAGGUAGUUCUAUGGUGGUGAACAGUUUGUUGCAUACGUUAGUGAGGUUGGAUCGUGUGGAAGAUGCGAUGAAGCUUUUCGAUACACAUCUUAGGAGUCAGUCUUGUAAUGAUACAAGGACGUUUAACAUUCUGAUUCAAGGUUUGUGUGGGAUAGGAAAAGCACACGAAGCAUUAAAGCUUUUGGGUGAGAUGAGCAGUUUUGGUUCUUCACCUGAUAUCGUCACGUAUAAUACUCUUAUUAAAGGGUUUUGCAAGAGUAAUGAGCUGAACAAAGCGAAUGAGAUAUUUAACGAGGUUAAGUCAAGAAAUGGUUGUUUUCGGGAUGUUGUUACUUAUACUUCGAUGAUGUCAGGGUACUGCAAAGCUGGAAAGAUGCGAGAAGCGUCUCUUUUGUUAGAUGAAAUGGUUGGUUUGGGAAUGUACCCAACUAAUAUAACGUUUAAUGUUCUUGUCUAUGGUUAUGUGAAAGCCGGUGAGAUGUCUUCUGCGGAAGCCAUUCGCAGGAAAAUGGAUUCUUUUGGCUGUUUCCCAGACGUUGUGACCUUCACUACUUUAAUUGACGGAUACUGCAGAGUUGGACAAGUGAACAAAGGGUUUAGUCUUUGGGAAGAAAUGAGCGCGAAAGGAAUGUUUCCUAAUGCCUUUACCUAUUCUAUUCUUAUCAACGCGCUCUGUAAAGAGAAUAGGCUGCUCAAGGCUCGUGAGCUUUUGGGUCAGUUAGCUUGUAUGGACAUUGUCCCGAAACCGUUUUUGUAUAACCCUAUUAUUGAUGGGUUUUGUAAAGCUGGAAAGGUCAACGAGGCGAAUGUUAUUGUGGCAGAGAUGGAGAAGUUUAGAUGCAAACCAGAUAAGAUCACAUUUACAAUUCUUAUAAUUGGGCAUUGCAUGAAAGGAAGGAUGUGUGAAGCAAUCAGCAUUUUCCACAAAAUGGUGGCAAUAGGUUGUUCACCGGAUAAGAUUACAGUGAGUUCUUUGUCAUCUUGUCUUCUUAAGGCUGGAAUGGCUAAGGAGGCCUAUCAGCUAAACCAGUUUGCAGUAAAAGGACAAAGCAAUGAUGUAGCACCUCUAGAGAGGAAAGCGGGAAAUGUAACUAUGGCUGCCUGCUAGGUUUUUGAUUCAAUAUCCCUGUACAUUGGCGUUUUCUACCAUCAUGCAUUCUCUACUCUGUUAGGCGUAAUAGGAAGCCGAACUGAAAAACAUACAAAAACUCACAGGUAAGAACUAAGACAAUGUUCAACUUGAUUUUGGCUGCCAAAUGUGCUUAGACAAUGGCUGACUAGCAAAGAUCCAAAAAGCUUCACAGUUCUAAGUUAAAACCAUGCGAGGAAAAAUGCCUGCGCGAAGAACUUCUAAAUGCACAAAUUUCAUAAACCCAAAGUCUGAAGCUGUUUGCCUUGAGGUUUGGAAGAGCUGGUUAUCUGAGUAUUUUUUUUGGAGGAACCGGUUUGGUUGCAUGAGUCUUGUAAUUGGUUUGAGAGUGAAGGAGACGAUGUAUCUCUCUUUGGUUUUGGUUUAUCUUGUCACAAAAUUAAUGUCAAAGCAAGCUUAAUUAUCUCUAACAAAGAUGU